UCGUAAAAUUUUUCGCUUCGAGAAGUAAACAAGGCCUGUGUAGAAACGGCCCAGAUGAUUGCAUGAACGCACAAAGGAAAAUGAUGCAUAUGAUGCAUGAUGGACCCCCUCGCUAUGAUGCACAAGCCCAAUGGGCUUGGCCCAUUUCAUACCACCGCCCACCGUUUGCGCGAUUCCAGCGCCCGCGCAACUGGAAACGGCCAUUGCCAACCAACCGUCUCGCCGAUGCCGCCCGCCGCCGGCGAUCCCUCGCCUCCCCCGUCCUUCGCCCCCGCCGCCAUGACCACCCCAGACGGGUGGCACCCGCGCACGGCGGAGCGACGACUGCUUCACCUCCUCCACCACAGCCCACUCGCCCGCGGCCGCCCGCUCGAGCUCCUCGCGUUCGCCGUCCGCCACGCGCUCCCCUGCUCCCCGGCGUCGCCGCACCACCACGCCCUCGCGGCGCUGCUGCUUCUCUCCUCCCCUCCGCCGCCCGCGCUGCCGCUCCUCCGCCUCCUCCCUCCCGAUCCUGCACCCCCGCUGACGCUCCUCAACGCUGCCGUCAAGGCACUCUCCGCCUCCUCAUCGCCGGACGAUGCCUUCCGCCUCCUCUCUACGCUCCGCCGAUUCCACGCGCCUGACCGCCUGACCUUCUUGCCCCUCCUCGGUUGCGCUUCCUCCUUUCCAGUCCUCUCCGCGCUGCACUCGCUCCUCCUCCGCCUCGGCUUCCUCUCACACCACCCCAUCACCCUCGCUCUCCUCAAGCCAUACCCGAUGCCGCACGUCCGCGCCUUGUUCGACGAUAUGCCCCAAAAGAACAAGUGCACCGUCGCCUACAACACCCUCAUCACGGCGUGCCUCAAGGCAAGGGACAUCCGCGCCGCACGCCACCUGUUCGACGAAAUGCAGCGGCACAGGCGAUCUAGGAGGAGCGUCGUUUCCUGGAACCUUAUAAUCACCGGAUGUGCACGCAGUGGACGAGAUGACAUGGCAGUGCAGUGUUUCGAGAGGAUGGUCAGGGAAGGAGAGGUGGCGCCAGAUGAUGGGACCUUGGUGGCAGUGCUCCCAGCUUGUGGGAAGACGGGGAAUGCUGGGGCAGGGAGGUGGGCACAUGAGUAUGCGAAGAAGAGUGGCUUGUUGGAGGGUACAGUGCAUGUUGCAAAUGCAGUGAUGGAUAUGUACUGCAAGUGCGGUGAUGUUGAUAGUGCACGGGAGGUGUUUAUGACGACGCCGCAGCGCAGUGUGGUGAGCUGGAACGCCAUGAUCACUGGAUUCUCACUGAAUGGUCAUGGAGUUGAGGGGAUUGAUCUGUUCCAGAAGAUGAUGAGGCAUGGAGUGGAGCCUAAUGCUGUGACCUUCUUGGCAGUGCUUGGAUGCUGUGCGCAUGCUGGGGCAGUGGAUAUUGGGCGGGAGAUCUUCCAGAGCAUGGUUUCGGAGCAUGGCAUUGAACCAGCAAUUGAACACUAUGGGUGUAUGGUGGAUUUAUUUGGAAGGUGUGGUCUCCUUGAGGAGGCACACGCACUGAUUCAGGGGAUGCCAAUGAAGCCUAAUGCUGCCAUAUGGGGAGCACUUUUAAGUGCAUGUCGUGCUCAUGCUGGGCUUGGCACUGCUGAGGUGGCUCUGAAGGAGCUUAUCAAUCUUGAACCAUGGAACUCAGGGAACUAUGUGUUGUUGGCCAAUCUUUAUGCGGAAACAGAGCGGUGGGAGGAGGCAGGAGAGGUGAGGAGAUUAAUGAGGAGGAUGAGUGUGAAUAAGGCUCCAGGGCAGAGCGUAAUGGAAGAAGCUCAGUUUCAGUUGACAAAUUCAUACCAAUAACUAUGUGGAAAUAACUUUAGUUUGGAAUGGAAAUUUCAUAGAAGGGCUGUAAAUGAAAAGAUCCAUGCAUGAUGUAGAUGAUAUUUGCAGACACAGCAGAAGAUAGAAGACUGCCACUCUACCAGGAUUAUUAUGGGCUGAUGAGGGCACAAAAUGGGGUCCUGAAAGCAGCAGCCUGUGGCACUCACAGACUGAAAAAUCUGAUGCUGCACCUGUGGCACUCAUCACAGGAUGGCCAACACUAGGCACCGAAUAUUCACACAGACACAUGCAGGGCCCAGCGAAAACCUUGGCAUUUUCCUUUUGUGGGCUCCCUAACAUGGACAGCUCAAGACGAUUUGAAGCUCCCAACGAAAAGAGGACCAAACAAAUCGAAAAGAUGCCCCCUAAAUUCAUGGGAAAUUUCCGGUGUUGGGCCUUGUGACCCUUGUCCUGUCCUCCUUUUUUUCCCCCUCCUCAGCGGACUCCAAGUAAUUUUGCUUUGCUUUGUCGCCCGACCCUGAUCUUAAUAACCGCGAAAAAGUGGGUUGAAGCAUGUGACAAAGUGAGGAGGCCGACGUUUCGAGCUGCUUGGCUUUUUUUCCAUGGAAGCUGCGUCAGGGUUCAUUUGUGCAUGUUUUGUGCAUCGUGCUGCUAAACCUGGAGCCUUUUGUGGGUUGGAGUUGUUUGUAUCUAUCUGGUGCCUUGGUGCUGCUGACAUGUGGAUCCAUGUCGUCUUGGAAACCAGGUACAGCGAUCUCUUAAAAGCAUGUGCACGUCAGGGUUAAGAUUUUGCACUUAGAAGUUAGAUCUACUAAUCGUUCUGAUUAAAGCAACUGACACAAGGAUCUGGUGGGGAAAUGCUACUUCCGAAAAAAUGUAGAUGGGUCAUUUGUACACGAAUGUUGGUUCUGCUAUGGAUUGGCAAUUGGCUGAUGGAAUAAUUUAGCCAACUUUCAGGGUUCUUUCCCCCAUCAUAUUUCUUGUUUUGAAUGCAGCGGCAUAGGUCCUGAUUUGUA